UUUUUUUUAUUGCACUUUAAAAUUGCUGUCUUAUAAUACUAAACAUAAGUUCUAAAUGAUCUUGACUUAAUUUGAAAGUGCAAAUAUAUUACAACAAAGAAUUUGGUUUUUCGAAAAGCAUAAUCCCAUUAAACAUUUAAUUGAAAUACAAGAAUCUAAAAAUCUGGCGUUUCUACGAGAAUUAAUGAGCAUGUUUCCAUAUGGAGUUUCUUUUAAAUUGGAAAUAUAUUCAAAACAUUUAUUUAAUUUUGUAUACAUGAUGUUUUUAUUUCUAAAAUUAAUUCGUGCCUUAUAAUCGUAUUGUUUCAUAUUUUGACUAUUCUACGCAGUCCACCGGUUGAGCACGAGGUUUAACUUAACUCAGGCAAUACGAUACAACCACGGGGGUGUGGGUGACACUGCUUAUACUUCACUACAUGGUGGAAGUAACAAGGUGUGCUAUCUUCUCGGACGAAUUUUCGUCACAUUCUGCGCAGCACCAAGUUUCCGCCAUCUUGCAAAAUCACCAUUGCCAACCAAUAGCAACGCGACGAUAAAAGUAAACGAAAUAGUAUCACGGUAUACACAGGUUAUACACAAUUUUAUAAUGCCGUCGUGUUCUUUCAAAAACUGUAAAAAUACGUCGCGAAAUAAAAAAAAUGUAAGCUAUUUUUCAUUUCCAAAAAAUCAAGAAAUGAUUGCGAAAUGGAAAAUACUUUGCAAAGAAAACGUCAACCCAAACAACGGUAUGUAUAUAAUACUGACAGGUGAUAAAUGGAAUUUAACAAAUUAAAAAUUAUAAAAUAUAACAAAAUUGAUGAAAUACAUUAUUUAAAAUUUGUUUAUCUAGCUCGGGUUUGUUCCCAACAUUUCCAUUCUUCACAAUUCAAAGAUCGAUCGUGGCUACUUGGGCUACUACCUAACUAUAGCCCUGUGAAAUCUCGGAAAUUGAAACUUGAUGCAAUUCCAAUGGAAUUUGUAGAGGACAAUGCAACAACUGUGGUGGAGAAGGAUUUGAGAACAGAAGUAAGAGAAUGUACACACGUUGCUACAGACUGUGUUGCAUCGAGCUCUGAGAGUUUUGUGAUAUCAACGCUUGCAAAUGAAGUCACAUUAAGCUUCACAAAUGAAGAAGCAUCAUGCUCUCUGACUCAAGUCGCAUCGAGCUCUGAGACUCCAGAUACACCAAGCUCUGCGAAUCCAGUUGCAUCAUGCUCUACAAGUACAAGCAGUGAUAACUUUAGUUCAAUACAAAUUCCUUUCAAUCAAGAUGAUAUACAAAAACUGAUACGGGAAAAUGCAGACUUGGUUCGCCAAAAUAAAAUUCUUCAAAAUAAAGUUCUUCAAUUGGAUCAGAUUAAUAAACUACAUGAGAAAGAGAUGAAGAAUAUUAAUAAAGGACACGAGCAAUAG